UUUUCCAAAAGUUGUUGGCAUUUUCGUUUAAGAAACCCUCGACGGCACGAAGAAGAUUAUUAUUGGCAUUUUUUAAGUUAAGGAGUGAGAGUUCUUAGAAAAAUAGAUAGAGAAAGAAAGAGCGAGAUGGGUCGGAUUCCAUGCUGUGAGAAGGACACUGUGAAAAGGGGGCAGUGGACUCCUGAAGAAGAUAACAAGCUCUCCUCCUACAUUGCCCAACAUGGCACUCGUAACUGGCGCCUCAUCCCCAAAAGUGCUGGUAAUUACUAUUUACAACUGCAAAAACUCUCUCUCUCUCUCUCUCUCUUCCUGAAACGUUCUUCAUUUGGUUUACAAGGUUUACAAAGAUCUGGGAAAAGCUGCAGGCUACGUUGGACAAACUACCUUCGCCCCGACCUUAAGCACGGACAAUUCUCCGACGCGGAAGAGCAAAUAAUUGUUAAGCUGCACUCCAUUGUUGGCAACCGAUGGUCGUUGAUUGCAGCGCGACUACCUGGCCGCACCGACAACGAUGUGAAAAAUCACUGGAACACCAAGCUGAAGAAGAAGCUAUCAGGCAUGGGGAUCGACCCCGUCACACACAAACCCUUUUCCCACCUCAUGGCCGAGAUUGCAACCACACUAGAGCCGCCACAGGCGGCUCACCUUGCAGAAGCAGCACUCGGCUUCUUUAAGGACAAAAUGCUCCACCUCCUUACAAAGAAGCGCAUCGACUUCCAGCUCCAACACAUCAAUCCAACGCCGGGAAACAGCACCGCCACGUACAGUAACAGCAAGCAGGAAGAAAAAGACGACACUAUCGAAAAGAUCAAGAUUGGUUUAUCUAGGGCAAUGCAAGAACAACCAGACAUGUUGACCUCAAACAAACCUUGGAUGGACACUACUGGAGCAUCACCUGGGAACUUCACAGGGAACUGCAGUGCUUUCCCCUUGCCCAUGUCUGGAUUUCAGUACGGCCAUUCUACGUUUGGGAACGAAGGCGAUAUUGGAUCGCCGUGGAGCCAGAGUCUGUGUGCUGGAAGUACGUGCACGGCAGCGGCGGACCAGCAGGGCCAGUUGGAUGACAAACUUGAGGUGGAAGAAAAUGGAGAGGAGUCCGCGGGUGGAAAGGAGCUUAGAAACGGAUCAUCCAACAUAUUCACCUCGGAUGGUCUCUUGUGGGAUUUACCAUCUGAUGAUCUAAUGAAUCAGAUGGUUUAAUACAUGACAAUGUAAA